GGAACCCUGCCUCCUCCACUCGCCCAGCCCCCCCUCCUGUCCCCUGCUUGCCCUCACCUGGCCAGGCAGGAGCCCUGCUGGGCUGGACUGAAGGAGGCCGGGGGCCCACGGGCGGGGGCACGCCUGGCGGGCUGCACCGGCACAGCUGCACGGCCAGGCCCGGCCGCCCCCUUUCCUCGCCCUCCUCGCCCCCCUCCUCGCCCCGCCUGGGCGCGGAUCAGGCCCCAGCCACCGACGACGACGACGCCACCUCCUCCCCCUCCAUGGCCGCCGCUUACCCGGCUGCCGCCGUCGCUGUUGCUGCUGCUGCAUUGUGGGAAGCGGCAGCCUGAGUCGGACCCACCUCACUCGCCGCCGCCCAGACCGUCUCCAGCAGCCGCCGCCGCCGCCACCAUCGCGAUGGGCGCCGUAACUGACGAUGAAGUUAUUCGCAAACGACUUUUGAUUGAUGGAGAUGGUGCAGGUGAUGACAGACGGAUAAAUUUGUUGGUGAAGAGUUUUAUCAAGUGGUGCAAUUCUGGAUCUCAAGAAGAAGGAUACACCCAGUACCAACGCAUGCUGAGUACUCUGUCACAAUGUGAAUUUUCAAUGGGAAAAACUUUACUUGUGUAUGAUAUGAACCUCAGAGAAAUGGAGAAUUAUGAAAAAAUCUACAAAGACAUAGAAAAUAGCAUAGCUGCAGCACAUGAAAAAAUUGCUGAGUGCAAAAAGCAGAUUCUUCAGGCAAAAAGAAUACGAAAAAAUCGCCAAGAAUAUGAUGCCUUGGCUAAAGUAAUACAACAUCAUCCAGAUAGGCAUGAAACAUUGAAGCAGCUAGAGGCUCUAGGAAAAGAACUUCAACAUCUUUCUCACAUCAAAGAAAAUGUUGAAGAUAAAUUGGAGUUGAGACGAAAGCAGUUCCAUGUCCUUCUGAGCACCAUUCAUGAACUUCAGCAAACUCUGGAAAAUGACGAAAAACUUUCAGAAUCGGAAGAAUCCCCAGACAAUCCAAUGGAGACAGAAGAUAAACAGUAGAUGGACUUUGGAGUCAGCUCAGAAGCCUGGAACAUUUUUUCUGAAUUAGAUAAAUACUUAAGAGUUUGGUUUUUGUUAUUUUUUUCCACAAGAAAUUAAAAUAAGCUUUAAUUAA